CGUGAUUGGGGCAAAGGCCGGAGGGACCAGAAGAUGAUGAACUGACCCGGCCACGAAAGAAGUCGCAACGGUAUACGAAGAAGAACGUGUGCAGGACAGUUAGGGCCGCGUUGAUAAGGCUGGCGUGUCGCCUCAUCUCUUCUCUCCCCUCCUCUCCCCUUCCCCCCACUACCAUCAGCUGCAAGCCUUUUCUGAUGAUUUUUUUCCCUUUCGACAGACACGCAUCAUGACCAUAGAGACCCCCAGUCCGAUACUGGCGCUGGCCCGUCAAUUAGAGGCCGCGACCAGCACCCCCGGCCAGCUCCCCCCCGCCAGUGAUGCGGUACACUCGCGACUACUCGCAGCGACGCGUAAUCUCCUUACCAGCCUGGAAACCCCCGAGAGUCAAUUGAUGCAUCUGGCUAAAGCACCUGUGGCCCACGGGGUGUUGCGCGCCGCUCUGCGCAUCCGACUGUUCGAGCGCUUCGACGAGGGGCUUCCCACCGCCACGGAUCUGGCGCAACGCUGCGGCAUUGAUGUCGCGCUUCUUGUGCGUCUCAUGCGAACACUGGCCGCCAUCGGCAUCUUCACCGAACCCAGCCCGGGUGUCUACGCCCAUACCCGACAAUCGCAGACUCUACGCCAGCCCCAACAUCGGGCUGUGAUCCAGGGCAUGGCCGAGACAGCGACGCUGAUGACGGCGCUUCCUGACUUCCUCGAAACCCACCAGUGGCAGAACCCGGUGGAUGUGCAGCCCACCCUUUUCGGUUUCGCCCACCACACCGACCAGACCAUGUUCGAGUGGCUGGAGUCGCAGCCCGAGCAGCGCGCCAUCUUCGCUGCCUUCCAAUCCAGCACCGCCGCCCUCGCUGUAUGCCAACUGCAGCCCUUCCUCCGCAGCCUGCUCACGGCAUCCUCAAAAAACCCGUCAGACGAUGAAUCCAAAGCAGUCACGCUCGUCGACGUGGGAGGUGGACGAGGCGCCGUGCUCCGCCAGGUCAGCGACGAGCUGGAUCCGCCGCCGCGCGGUCGCAUUGUGCUGCAGGACCUGCCCCAGGUCUUGAAGGGGGUGGACGGCGGCGAGCGCGUUGAAUUGAUGCCCUACAACUUUCUUCGGCCGCAACCCGUUCGCGGAGCCCAAACCUACCUCUUCCGUCACAUCUUCCACAACUGGAGCGAUGGUGUGGUCGCGACCAUUCUACAGAAUACCGUGGUCGCGAUGGGUCCGUCCUCGCGACUGGUCAUUGUCGACCUGGUCCUACCAGACGCAGGCGGCGCGUCACCCUACGCGGCCUUUUUGGAUAUGAGCAUGAUGGCAUUCGGGGGCAUGGAGCGCACGGAGGCGCAGUGGCGGGGGAUAUUGGGGCGGGCCGGGCUGCAGGUCCGCCGCAUUGAGCCUUUGGAUGCGCAGACCCCGGGAUCGGACCACGUUAUUGAGGCGGUAUUGGCUUGAUAAACGCAGUCUACGCGAAUGGAAAAUCUUUUUUGAACAAAACGAGGAAAAAGAUUGAAUCACAAAUGCUUACAAGUGUCCGAAGAAUCAACGUCAUGUUGAUAUCAGUUCAUUCGUUUGUAUCUACAGGAUAAAUAUUCUUUUAUGAUAGUACAUCG